CAGCCUGCGGGGUGGUGGCAGGCGCAGCCGCUUCGGGUCCCUGCGGUCUUCGCCGCCUCCUCCGCCUCCGCCACCUCCGCCGCCUCCGUCUCCCACGCCUCCCAGCAGGCCUCGGCCCCCAGGCUCUAGGCACUGCGGCUCUUGCGUCUCGGUGUCUCUGCUCCUGCAAGAUGACGCUCAAGUCGAGCGAAGGCGAGGGUGGGAGCAGCAUGCGCACCGCGCUCUCUGACCUCUACCUGGAGCACUUGCUGCAAAAGCGCAGCCGGCCAGAGGCCAUGUCGAACCAGUUUAAUGUUGUCACUGAGGAUAUGUACACCAAUGGGUCCACCACCCCAGGUAGCCCUGCCCAGGCCAAGGGGCAGGAGGUGAAGAAAGUACGUCUCAUACAGUUUGAGAAGAUCACAGAGGAACCCAUGGGAAUCACUCUGAAGCUGAAUGAAAACCAGUCAUGUACUGUGGCCAGAAUUCUCCACGGUGGCAUGAUUCAUAGACAAGGCUCCCUUCACGUGGGGGAUGAGAUCCUAGAAAUCAAUGGCACAAAUGUGACUAAUCAUUCAGUAGACCAGCUGCAGAAGGCAAUGAAAGAAACCAAAGGAAUGAUCUCAUUAAAAGUAAUUCCCAAUCAGCAGAGUCGUCUUCCCGCACUACAGAUGUUCAUGAGAGCACAGUUUGACUAUGAUCCCAAAAAGGACAAUCUGAUCCCUUGCAAGGAGGCAGGACUGAAGUUUGUUACUGGAGACAUUAUCCAGAUUAUCAACAAAGAUGACAGCAACUGGUGGCAGGGGCGGGUGGAAGGCUCCUCCAAGGAGUCUGCAGGAUUGAUCCCUUCCCCUGAGCUGCAGGAAUGGAGAGUGGCAAGUGUGGUCCAGUGUGUCCCGAGUGAAGCUCCAACUUGCAGUCCCUUUGGGAAGAAGAAGAAAUAUAAAGACAAAUAUCUAGCCAAACACAGUUCAAUAUUUGACCAGUUGGAUGUUGUUUCCUACGAGGAAGUUGUUCGACUCCCUGCAUUCAAGAGGAAGACCCUGGUGCUGAUCGGAGCCAGUGGGGUGGGUCGCAGCCAUAUUAAGAAUGCUCUGCUCAGCCAGAAUCCAGAGAAGUUUGUGUAUCCUGCCCCAUAUACAACACGGCCGCCAAGGAAGAGUGAAGAAGAUGGGAAGGAUUAUCACUUCAUCUCAACAGAGGAGAUGACAAGAAACAUCUCUGCCAAUGAAUUCUUGGAGUUUGGCAGCUACCAGGGCAACAUGUUUGGCACCAAAUUUGAAACAGUGCACCAGAUUCAUAAGCAGGACAAGAUUGCCAUUCUUGAUAUUGAGCCCCAGACUCUGAAGAUUGUUCGGACAGCAGAGCUUUCACCUUUCAUUGUGUUCAUCGCACCUACUGACCAGGGCACUCAGACUGAUGCCCUGCAGCAGCUGCAGAAGGACUCUGAGGCCAUCCGUAGCCAGUAUGCACACUACUUUGACCUCUCUCUGGUCAAUAAUGGUGUUGAUGAAACUCUUAAGAAAUUGCAAGAAGCCUUUGACCAGGCAUGCAGUUCUCCACAGUGGGUGCCUGUCUCCUGGGUUUACUAGCUUAUAGAAUGGGAGAACCCAUUCCAGCCCCUCUCCAGUAUUUGGAAUGCCAUUUCCCUUGCUUAAGUCAAACAGGGCUGCUUGAACUAGUUGUGUCAGCUUCCAGCUCUCUGUAACUGUUUCAAGUAUGUCAAUAUAAUUCAGUCUUCUCACUCAGGCUCCUGAAGGGCUAAGAUUUGAUUUCCCUCUUACGUGGAUUUCAAAACUAUCUCUGGAAAUCUGGAUUAUGAAAUACCAUCAAAUGCCAGGCAUGGUGGUGCACACCUUUAAUCCCAGCACUCCGGAGGCAGAGGCAGGAGGAUUUCAGUGAGAUCAAGGUCAGCAUGGUCUACAGGGACACCUGCCUCAAAAAGAAAAAAAGUACCAUCAAAAUGCAACUGCUAAUUGUCAAUAAUAUACAGAAAAAGGGCCCCUAUCCCUCACAAGCCUGAGCUCCUUUACUUUCAACCAUACUGGGUAUAUGUUCUUUUGUCUUUUUUCUCUGGAUUAAAUAUCUUCUGAAAUUUUCUAAGAUACCCAAAUCAAACAGCUGUGCAAUAGAAAUUAUGCUCUAGGGAAACUCUCAAAAGCAAUAAAAAAGCUGUGCUAAAAUUCCAAUAA